AUGCGAAAAUUUUACGUAAUUUUCCAAUAUUUUGUGUUCCUUUUCAUCGCGUUCGCCUCGAAUUUCAAUUAUGGAUUCUCGACGACAUAUGUGAACACGAGUGCCGAUGAGUUCAAGAAUUACCUCAACGCGUCGUAUCAUUUCCAAUUGACCGAGUCGCAAUACGAGCUCGUCUGGAAUAUUUUCCUCAAUUUCUGGUUCAUCGGCUUCUUCAUCGGCAUCUGGGUGAGCCCGAUUCUCAAUGAGCGAUUCGGCAGAAAAGUCGGUUUUCUCGUCGGCAAUCUGACGGCGUUUCUCGCCGCCGUCGCCCGAUGCGCCGCCGUCUAUUGGCGCUUUCCGAUAGCGUUGAUCAUCGCGCGCUUCGUCACCUCGAUCUGCAUGGCCGUCACCUAUCAAUCGUGCAUCCUAUUCCUCCAGGAGUGCUCGCCAACCCAUCGUCGCGGCCACUUCUCAUUCUUCAGCGAGAUCUCCUACUCGUCGAUGACGAUGAUCGGCAGCCUUCUCGGCACCGACUAUAUUCUAGGCACCCAUCUGGUUUGGCUGACGGCGUGCGUAGUCCCGUUCUGUUUCGUCUUCACAAUCCUUCUACUAUUUCUGCCGGACACGCCGAAAUAUUUGCUCAUCACCAGGAAUGACGAGGUCGAAGCGUGCCGAUCUGUCCGAUUCUAUCAUGGCGAUGAAGCCGACGCCAAGCAGGUCCUUCUAGACAUCCGAAUGGAAGCCGAAUGCGAGUCGUCCGAUGACUCGACGACUCUAACCAACAUCAAAGACCUCUUCAUCCAUUCGCAUUUGCGAUUGGCGUUGAUUCUAAGCGUGUCAGCCCUUCAAAACACCGUCGGCUUCUGGGCGCUUCUCCUCUCGUCGACGUUCUUUCUGGAAAACGCGAAUCUCGAUUUGACAAUCGCGCAAUGGAGCACAACCGCAAUGCUGUUGGCCUAUGUCGUCGGCACGCUGACCGGCGGCGUUUUGAUCGAGCGAUUCGCGCGACGUCACAUCCUCCUCGCAUUCACCUUCAUCAACAACAUCGCCCUUCUCGCGUUCGUCUUCUUCGCCAAAAUUCGAUUGCUGAUCGAUGCGAUGAAAUUCGGCUGCCUCGCUUCUCUAAUCUUCUACGGCUUCACAUAUGGAACCGGCGUCGGCCCGAUUUCGUGGUUCAUCUGCUCCGAACUCGUGCCGCAACGAUAUCGCACAAGUGCCCAAUCAGUCUCCUACGCGAUUAACACAAUUAUGGUGGUGAUUAGCACGUUCACCGUACUACCGUUAUACUCAGCCAUCGGCAGCUACGCAUUCGUCAUACUCUAUUCGGUGCCAUCGUUUAUCAGCAUGUUAAUUCUAUUCCGUUGGUUGCCCGAAACCAAAGGUCGCGAGAUUUACGAGAUUGUCAAUGAAUUGAAAUCGAAAUAA